CAUUGACAUUUUGACAGAUUGAAAGCCGCCAAGCCGGAUAAUUGCUUGCUAGCAUUUUGUUUGUGACAAUAAAUCUAAAUUUUAUCGAAAGAAUAUAAUUCAAAAUGGCAUACAAAGGCCCACCAAAAGUCCAAAAGGUGAUGGUGCAACCCAUCAACCUUAUCUUCAGGUAUUUGCAAAACAGAAGUCGAGUGCAAAUUUGGCUGUACGAGAACGUGAAUCUACGAAUCGAGGGACACAUCGUGGGAUUUGACGAAUACAUGAACAUUGUGUUAGAUGAAGCUGAAGAAGUGCAUAUGAAGACCAAGAAUAGGAAGCAAAUCGGAAGAAUAAUGAUGAAAGGGGACAAUAUCACGUUAAUUCAAAACGUAAACCCGAGUGCGUCUGUUUGAUAGGUUAUGAAGUAUUAGUUGUAAGUUCAUUCCUCAAGGUAUAAGAAAAUCCUUUUUAUUUUUUAAACAGUGUUCAUGUGAGUUCAAUGUAACGGUGUUUACAUAAUUAAAGUUAAGGUUAAAUUGUCA